AUGAAGUGGCUUCUAUUAUGCGCUCUAAGUUACGGAGUGGUGGCGAUGCGCGACCAGUCUAUCGCCGUCAAGGGGACCCUGAAAUGCGGCGACAAGCCGGCGAGUAAUGUUCGUAUCAAGUUAUGGGAGGAGGACACCGGACCCGAUCCGGAUGAUCUUCUUGACUCCGGCUAUACAGCUCCCGAUGGUUCGUUCAGACUGGCCGGCGGAACAGCUGAAUUAACCCCAAUUGACCCGAUUUUUAAAGUCUACCACGAUUGUGACGAUGGUAUUAAGCCCGGUCAUCGCAAGGUGAAGUUCUUGCUCCCGAAAUCGUACAUCACGUCUGGGAAGGUCCCGAAGAAGGAGUUUGAUAUUGGAGUCUUGAAUCUGGAAACUGUUUUCCCCAAGGAGGAAAGAGAGCUGAUCAUCUCCAGACGCCGGCGAGAGCACGAGGAACCGAGAAAUCGUCGCCAAUUGAAGACUACGGAGGAUGAACCCGUCGUACCCGAGCAUAAGCAGAAAAUUUCCGAUCCGGAUGUCAUUUUGCUUGCCAAGUCACAGGAUGUC